AUGCCCAGGCAAAGAGUGACACCAGCUGCCAGCCUGGUACACCACGACUCUCUUACUCAUGAAGAACAGGGUUACGAUGAACAGGUUGACCAGGCAGAGUCGCCUGAUGUAUCAGCUCCCCCAGACCAGGAGUUCCCGCGCACGAGAGUUGCUCGAGAGUGCUCGGGAUGCAGCGAUGGGAUGAAACGGAGUUGCGGCUGCGGCCGAUGUUACUGCUGCUCCCGUGCCGCGCUUGACGACUUCAUGCAGCAGAGGAUGUCGGCUUGGGAGCCUUUACUUACUCCGAGGCGUAUUUUAUUUGUGCUCUUUGGAGUGGGUAUGAUUUUUGUGGUUUUGGGGUUCGUCAUCCUAUUCGUAAACAACGCUAUUGUGGAGUGUAAAGUAAACUACACAGACAUGGUUGGCGACCUGAUCCUGAAGAUCGAUGCGUCCACAUGCACAGACACUUCUAUUACAGAAAUAACGGGAGACGUUUUGCUCUACUAUGAAUUGUCUAACUACUUCCAGAAUCAUCGGCACUUCAUGAAGUCGCGAUCGGAUAGACAGCUGGAGGGAAAGGUGUACACGGCAGCGUCAGACGUACGCACAUCAUGCGACCCGCGUGUGGAGUCCUCUGACGGGCGUGUGCUGCAUCCGUGCGGCUUGAGUGCGGGUGCGGUAUUUACGGACGUCUUUUCGGCUGUCGCCGAGGACCAGAAGACGGAGAUUGAGCUCGACGAAUCAAGAGAAGCGAUCUGCUGGGAGUGGGAUAUUUCCACGUUCGAAAACCCCUCCCAAGAGGACAUGGAUGCAGCCGCUUCCCAGGUUGACUUUUGGCUUUUCAACCAAACAUAUGCCGCCGCCUUACACAUGGAUAAACCUGGUGUUGGGUGGGGAGUGGAGAAUUCACAUUUUAUUGUCUGGAUGAGAGAGGCCCCGUUGCCUGUAUUCCGCAAGGUGUAUGCGCGGUUCGUGGAGAGCCCGUUGAAGCUUCCUUUUUAUAUCAAAGUCACAAACAACACCUACGACGUCAAAUCUUUCGGCGGCUCAAAGAGCGUAGUGGUGACGCAGGCGUCGUGGUUGGGCGGCCGUACCGCUUUCCUGGGCAUAGCCUAUCUGGUUGUCGGUAGCAUUUGUCUGCUGUUCUUUGGCGUUCUCUUUUACUACCACAGGAGAAACCCGAGACACUUGGGAGACGUCUCCUGGCUGCGAAAAGCGCUCUAUUCGUAG